UGAAAAGCGGUGCAUCAUGUGUCGACAAAACACUAGCUAGCCCAACCAGUUCAUAAUGUAAAAACGAAACUAAAAGUUUGGCCGACUCAUGAUCUGUUUGAAUUCAAAUAAUGCAUUGCUACAUGCGACCCAACUUUAAACGUCGAAACAUAGAACAUUAAAUCUAUUUCAUUUUCUAGCAGAGACAACACAGACCGACUUAUAAAAUGUGGAAAAACCUGGACAGAACGAAGGGAGUUAUAGAAGGGAAGUUUGUUGGCUUUUGUUCAUAGCAACGAAAGACGCACAGUAUAGCAUGGCGUAUGCAGAAUCGAGAGAGAUGUUUUCAGAAGUUACUCUUUCUGUCGAUGUAACCACUUUCAAGGAGCCUGACAGAGUCACAAAAAUUCUCUCAGCAUACAGUGACCUAUUGACUCAAGUCUCGCCUUUGUUUUAUGAAGUGAAGGGAUCGUUUGAGGAAAUUGAUAAUCUUUUUGUCAGGCUGUCAAGUCCAAAACUUCUGCACAAUUCAAGUUUGUAUCACCAGCAUUCUGGAGACAGUCCCGUUCAUCACCAGGGUCCCAGAGACAGUCCCCUACAUUCCCGGGGUCCCAGAGACAGUCCCGUUCAUCACCAGGGUCCAAGAGACAGUCCCCUACAUUCCCAGGGUCCCAGAGACAGUCCUGUUCAUCACCAGGGUCUAAGAGACAGUCCCCUACAUCCCUGGGGUCCCAGAGACAGUCCUGUUCAUCACCAGGGUCCAAGAAACAGUCCACUACAUCCCCAGGGUCCCAGAGACAGUCCUGUUCAUCACCAGGGUCCAAGAAACAGUCCACUACAUCCCCAGGGUCCCAGAGACAGUUCUGUUCAUCACCAGGGUCCCAGAGACAGUUCUGUUCAUCCCCAGGGUCCCAGAGAUAGUUCCAUUCAUCACCAGGGUCCCAGAGACAGUCCCGUACAUCCGCAGCAUCCUCAGUCCCCUUCCAUCUCUGUCAAACCAGUGGAGGUAGUAAGAGCCAUUUGGGAUUUUAUCCAACAGAACUGUAAAAAGGAGCUGGACAAAAUUCGAGGUGGAGAUAUCGACAUUCAACCUGUUGAGAAAUUAACUCCUAAAUCUCCAGAUAAAAUUCUGGUGACCUUUCAGAGCCACGGUGAGGAUCAAAUUUGGGCUCAGUUUGCCAGAGAACGCUUUGUCACAUUUUAUCAGAGACUUGCCACAGAUCUGCAAGUAAUGCGUGAGAGUUUGGAUCCACAGGACAUCAGAAAGCUGCAGAGGGCCUUUCCUGAGCUUUUGUUUUCAUGCGGCUCGGGCAAACGUGAAGUCGCAGUGACUGGGCGCUUUGCCAGCAUUGUGAAACUGAAGGAUUUUCUAAAGAAUGAUGGCACAACCAGUCCUAGCUUUGCUGUGCAAUCACAACAGCCCAUAAACCCAAGAGAAAGCUUACGAACUUCUAGUACUUCAUCGUCACACAACAGGCCUUUAGCCCAAUUAGAAGAGAUUUGUCCCAUAUGUCUGAACACUAGUGAAGAGACUGAUAAAAUAACUUUGAAGUGUGAACACUCGUUCUGUAGAGGGUGUCUGAUGCAGGCGUUCAACACCAAACCUGUCUGUCCAACCUGUGGGGUGGUCUACGGCAAGCUGGAGGGGACACAGCCAACUGGAGGAACUAUGACUAUCAGGAAAGAAAGCUCUCCUUUGCCUGGAUAUGAGAAUUAUGGAACCAUCACAAUUAAGUAUCACAUAAAUAACGGAAUACAGACUGAGGAGCACCCCAAUCCUGGCCAGCCUUACCACGGGGUUUCACGUACAGCCUACCUCCCAGACUCCACAGAGGGAAGGAAAGUCAUGAUGCUCCUGAAGCGGGCCUUUGAUCAACGUCUCACGUUCACCAUUGGCAUGUCUUCCACCACGGGCAUGAAUAAUGUGGUUACGUGGAAUGACAUCCACCACAAGACCUCCAAAUAUGGAGGCACCAGUUGUUACGGCUACCCAGAUUCGGACUACCUCAACCGUGUCCAGGAUGAACUGAAACUCAAAGGAAUCUACUGACAUCUGCUCUGCGAGGCUAAAAUGAAGAAUAGGUCUACAUCUGCACAAAUAUGAAGGUGAAGCAGCAGAUAAGUUAAUAGUUAAAGCUUUGGGCCAAUAACUAAAAUAUGUCUUGUUUGAAUGUUGAACAGACAAAUAAAUGUGUCAAUUAGUCCUGUUGGGUCAUGUAGCUCAGUUCGUAGAGCAUGGUGCUGUUGACGCCAGGGUUGUGGGUCUCAUGUGGGGCCAUAUUCACUCACUACUGUUACACUGGAUAAGAAUGUCUGCUAAAUUACUUAGAAGUAAAUGUAAAAUGUUUUUGAAGGCACUUAAUUGGGCACUGUGAAGAAUUCGGCCUCUAAACAAUAUCACAACUUGUCUCAUUGUAUUCCUGUCUUCCCGAACAAGACCGGUUUAGUACUAGCUAGUCCAGGGAGGUUUAGCGUGGGAAGAGUAGUACUGCUAUUCUAAAGCGAGUAUAAAGAGAUAGCAAACUGACAGAUGGACGGAGCAGUGAAAAAGUUUAAAUGGGGAAUAUGUCAGUCAGUCGUAUUAAUUUCAAAGCAAAAGAUGAUUUGAAACAUUAACUUAAAACAUUAACAACAGAUAUCAACUCUCUAAUUGUUGUUUACAAAAUCAGCCUCAAUUUAAAAAAUAGAAACACCACCAGUAAAGUGCGAAUUGUGGUUUCUCAGCAACUUUUAAUUUAAUGAACAUAAACAAGUACAUAAGCUACUAUUUUCAUAACUUGUAAAAAGCCAAAAAAGCUAAAUUCAUUUGCAAAAUAAAGAAAAAGCAGUAAAAACUCAAUACAGAAAAUAUUUGGCCUCCUUGUUGUCUUGGCAAUAUUUACAAUAUAUACAAUAUGUAUUGUCAUAUAUUUGCCAUUAAUCCAUGUCUAUAAGGCACCAAAUGCUAAGUAGCAUAAUAAUAUAAUACUUUUAUUCACUAAAAUUGUGCAGAAAAUACAAAGAAAGACAACCAGAUCAAAGAAACACUCAAUCACGAAGCGGAUCAAAUGAAAUGUACUGUGGACCAUUAUAUUUUGAUAUCUUGGUCUCCAUUUAACUGAGUAAUUUUGCCCAUGUUUGAGGAAAACCGCAGAUGUUUUUUAAUGUAGGUUUUUAAUUGACAUUCAUGAGAUUUUUGCUGGGUGCACUUGAUUAUGCCCUGGAUGCUCUUUCCUCUUAUGAAAUACAUGCAGUUGUGUUACUGUAGCUAAAAUACAAAUUUAAUCAUAAAUUGAAUUGAGCUGGAAUUGAUGAGGAACCCCAUAAUUAAGAUAAAAUAUUUAUCUUUUCAGUACAUCACUUGUGAUCAUAUGAUCAAAAGAAAAUGUAAGAUCUGUAAAAUUAAAGCAAAUUGGAAGAUUUUUAAUGUAGAGUAUUUGCUAAAUGAACAUGUUUCAUGUAUAGUUAAAUUUAAAUCUAUUUUAAGUAUUGCAUUAAUCUUUCUUAAAUUGGUGUAUGAUUUUAUUAUUAGUAGACCUGCACAAUCCUUCCUCAAACGACUAUGACAACAAAGUUCUUAGCAGGGUUGGGGUAAUUUCCUGUUGAUGGUAGUCAAAUAAUGAAAUAAACUCAAAAUCCAACUCAACAAAGACUUUCUUUUAAAAAAGUAAUAUAGUUUGAAUGUAGAAGGAUUAAUUCAUUCAAAUUAAAAUUAAAAUUCCUUCCUGAAUCCUCUGGCUUAAACCACAAUUCCCUGGCUGUAUGACAGAUGAAAUAAUAGCUAUAAUCAAUGAUGUGCAUAUUUCAGAAACUGCAUGCUAGCUAUCCACAGCUAGCUGAUUUACUGGUUUGAGGCCAGUAUGAAUCAUGUCAGCAGUUAGCUGUCUAACCUAUGAAUUCCAGUGACUGUCUCUAGUAGUUUUACUGGGAUUAUUCUUUUUUCUUCUUAAGACAAAUGCAGCAUGUUACAGUGGCUACACUUUCAUUGUGCUAAUGUUAGUUUGAAAUGGCUUCAAAAAUGACUUCCUUCGUAAAUAUGGUAUCCAUGAGUUCCACUGAAAGAAGGGUUUACUUGUCAACAUGUAAUCUCUUUGAAGUGUCAUCCAAAUUGUUCAGAUACAGUUCAUGAAAAGUGUGAAUAGAAAUAACUGAACAUCUGUAGAAUGGCAUUUCCUGACCAGGUUUAUAUGAGCAAUAAAAAUUAUUUAAAUGUUAUGAAUAUGAAACAAUAUUAAACAAAGCAAUUUAGUCACUGAACUAUGCAAAAAAAGAUAAGUGUUGCUUGUUUCCAUCCGGUCUUCUAUGCUUGUCAACCUGUAUCUGUUAACAAUAACUUCACAUAUAUUUAAAAUGUUUAAAAUCGUUAAUGAUUUCUUUCCUUUUAUAAAAAAAACAUACAACCUC